GCCUGUCCAAUAUCUGUCCAAUAUCUGUCCAACAUCUGUCCAAUAUCUGUUCCUCAACAGGCUACCAAUCCUCUCGCUUCUACCGUCCUAGAACCAGUCAAAUGCGACGAGGAAUAUAUGGUUCAUUGUUGAGGCAUGUUUGAGACUGUCUUGUGUCCCCUUGUUUCUGUUUGUUCAAGGCUGGUGGCAAUCUGUUGAUUCAACUAUCACGAUCCUGCAUUGCAACGACUGCCCUUUGGUCAUUGUGUUCUCUGCUCUCGGCAUGAACCAUGCAUAAGACCAUGAUCUCACAGAGCGGUGCUUCUCUUUUCUACCUCUAGUCUGGUCUUGUCACCAGUCAACCAAUCAUUCAUUCAACAUGGGUCAAGGCUAUUCCAUGACCACGCUCUCCGCAGCGUCGGCCAGUCUCAACGCCCCAGAAUUGGCGGACUUGACUCCCGAGAAGACCCUUGCCUCUGCUCGCUUUAUGAAGAGCAUUCGAGCCAGGAAUUCUCAGGGUUUUGUUUUUGUCAAAAUCGUCAUGAAACCAUAUCCCUCCUUUGAUGUUCAAGAUUAUAUUCGUCAGAUCCUUCAGGAGCGUCGCACUCUGGCCGAUAUCCCAAAUGCACUGGGCUAUCAAAAGCUUGUUGAGUCGGGAGAUGCGGGGUUUCUCCUUCGACAGUACAUGUUCAGUUCCGUCUACGACCGUCUCAGCACAAGACCUUUCCUCGAAGAUAUUGAAAAGAAAUGGCUUGCCUUCCAGCUCCUCAGUGCUGUGCGCGACUGCCACGCUCGAAACGUCUUUCACGGCGACAUCAAAACCGAGAACCUCCUGGUCACCUCUUGGAACUGGCUAUACUUGACCGAUUUUUCGUCAUCUUUCAAGCCCACCAAUCUCCCAGAGGACAACCCUGCCGACUUCUCCUUCUAUUUUGAUACUUCUGGUCGUCGAACAUGUUACAUCGCUCCAGAGAGAUUCACAACCACAAGCGUAGGGGAUCUACAAGGCGAGUUGAAUUGGGCAAUGGACAUUUUCAGUGUCGGCUGUACAAUUGCUGAGAUCUUCCUUGAAGGACCCAUAUUCUCCCUCAGUCAAAUCUUCAAGUAUCGCUCCGGAGAAUACAGUCCAGAGCACACACAUCUCAACAAGAUAGAGGACCCUGAAGUUCGCGCCAUGAUUCUCAACAUGAUUGAACUAGAUCCUGAAAAGCGCUACUCCGCUGAACAGCACUUGUCCUUUUACCGUUCCAAGAUCUUCCCAGACUACUUCUACAGCUUUCUCCAUCAGUACAUGCUGGAUCUGACCCGGACGGCGACGUCGGCCAAGCCUGUCAUAUUGGACGAUACCAGCCAAAGUGAGUCUGAUGACAAUAUCGAACGAGUCUACUAUGAUUUUGAUAAAAUCGCCUUCUUCCUGGGUUAUGGUCCCAUUCCCUCCAAACAAUCCUUCAAGUCACCCAACGUCCUACGAUCAAGCAACCCCGUCAAGAUUCAAGACACAAAUCCUGCACUCUAUGACGGGAGUCUCCUCUUCCUCACCCUCGUCGUCGCUAGUCUCAGGAAUACUGCCAAAGCCUCAGCAAGAUUGAAGGCUUGUGACCUUCUUGUUGCUUUUGCCGAGCGUCUGCCAGAUGAGGCCAAGCUUGAUCGAAUUCUCCCAUACAUUGUUGGACUUCUGUCGGACAGCUCUGACAUUGUCAAAACUGCCGCCAUCUAUGCUCUGACCGCCAUCUUCGAAAUGGUUCAGACGAUCACACCCAUCAACGCAUACGUCUUCCCAGAAUACCUAUUCCCUAGCCUGAGACAGUUUGUUCUCAAUCCGAACAACGAGCCAAGUGUUCUCGUCAGGUCAGCAUAUGCCUCUUGCCUGGCUUCCUUGGCUUUGUCAUCAUCGCGCAUUCUGGAUAUGAUCCAUGCAAUCCGCGCUGAUGGAAGGCUUCCGGCCCUGCGAGCGGAGGAAUGGGCUCCAGAAUCCUCGUAUCAUGGCCUGUACGAUGUUGCCAGGGCAGAAUUGAUUCCCCAUUUCGAGGAAGCAACAGUCGCAUUGAUCACGGACCCAGAGCCGUCGGUCAAAAGAGCUUUACUGGCGUCCAUAGCUCGUCUAUGUGUCUUCUUCGGAAGUACAAAGGCCAGCGAAGUCGUCUUGACGCACCUCAACACUUAUCUAAAUGAGAAGGACUGGAUCUUGAGAUGUGCUUUUUUCGAAGCCUUGGUGGGCAUCGCCUCUUACGUGGGGACCUCGAGUCUUGAGCAAUUUAUCCUGCCAAUCAUGGUAGGAUCACUGAUUGACUCCGAAGUCUUUGUUAUUGAGAAAGUCUUCCGAUCACUUGCCCGAAUGGCCGAUCUUGGGUUGUUGCAAAAAGCUACAACGUGGGAACUGGUUGACAUGGCUACUCGAUUCCUUGUCCAUCCCAGCUUCUGGGUUCGUGAGAGCGCUGUUCAGUUCAUCGUUCUGUCUUGCCGAUACACCUCCAAAGCAGACCAGGCUUGCAUCGUUCUUCCUCGCCUUGAACCCUUUUUAAAGGGCAAGGUGACCUCACUGACAGAAGAUCGGAUCUUAGACAAUCUCAAGCGGCCCCUGUCUAAAUCAGUGUUUGACGCGGCGGUGAGUUGGGCUGCGAGAAAAGGAAACAGCAUCUUUUGGACUGCUGCCAGCCGUGACGGGGCCUUCUCUUUGUCUGAUCCGAGUACUGCGCAGACCCAGACGUCCUUCACUACCAGACUCCUGACGAGGAUCAACCCCGCACAAAAGGAUAAGGAUGAUCAAGCUUCACUUGAAACUCUCCGAAACCUUGGAAUGACGGUCGACGAUGAGAUCAAGUUACUUGCACUCCGAGAAUACAUUUGGCAUGUCUCGAAUUACAAAUCACAUCGAGAUUCCGAUCAAUUGGCCAAGGACAAGGAUAUUGAAGACCGAGACGAAAAGCAUCGCAUCCUCAACAAUAUUGUUUCACUCAAUCAAAUUGAUGUGACACCUCAGAACAUCUUCUUUGACCAUCGCAGACCGGUUGAAGAGAUCCGCAACCGCAACGUCGUCUCACAACCAAGAUCACGACGUGACGAGCAGCACAGUCUAGCCGAUGCGCUGCUAGAUGCAUCGACCAGUAUCAACGAAGUGCCACUGAGGAACCAUUCCCCAUCUCGCUCAGCCACCGACGGUUCGCGCGCUGGUUCUGUCCAUCCUAUCAGCAUCGAAACAGCCCAAGGACGGAAUGGUCCGCCCUCGUUGAACAUUGAGGAAGGCUCUCUCCCAAGCAGUCUCAAUCUUACCAACGGAGGCCACUCUCCGGUAGGUAUAGAGCGACUUUCCCUUCGCCGCAACACGCCCCUUGCACUCAGACAUCGAAAUAGCGGUAUCAACCUGAUGAAUCGCAAAGACUCGUCAAAGGCAGAUGCUGAAAUAUCCACCAAUUCCGAGAUUGCAUUUGGCAAGGUCGAUGGUGCGAUAUCUCGAAGAAACACCUCUGGGCCUUCGGCGCUAUCGGUUACAGCCAACGUAGCAGACAAAUCGAGAUCAAUGUCAUCAAGUCCCGGUCGCAAAACUCCAGCUUACGAGUUGAAACAUUCAUACAGUGGAAAUGAUCCCAACAUCCUAAGGUUGUUAGAUCACCAUUUCAUGGAGAACUUCCCCGUCGAUCUUAUUGAUUUUGGCCCACGGCUCACUUCGGUUGAUUUCAAGUGGUCGAUCAAGCGAGCGACAGAUGCUCCGUCGCAGGGAGGAAGCAAAGCCGCCCAACAAGACGUCGCGUAUCGUUCUGAACCGUGGCGGCCAACUGGACAGUUGCUCACGAGUUUCCACGAACACACUGGGGCCAUCAACCGCGUCUGCGCGGCUCCAGAUCACGCAUUCUUUGUUACAGCAUCCGACGAUGGUAGCUGUAAAGUCUGGGACUCGAACAGGCUCGAAAAGAAUGUGACGCCUCGAUCAAGAAUGACGCACCGCCAUGCAGAAGGAGCCAGGGUAAAAUCUCUUUGUUUCGUUGAUGGUACACAUACUUUCGUCAGUGGGGCUGAUGAUGGAAGCAUACACCUAGUCAGAGUUGACUACAAGAGCUUGGAUGGGGGAGAGAGCUCUAAGUACGGCAAACCAAGGCUGAUUCGAGAUUAUCAAAUCCUACCCAAGAGAACCACGCAGCAGAAUGGUGAUGAUGAAGACGGCGUGGAGUAUGCCGUCUGGCUGCACCACUACCGAACCCAGACGAGUCAAUCAAUACUGCUUGCAGCCACCAACAAAUGUCGCAUCCUAGCCAUCGAUCUGAAAAACAUGGAAAUUGUACAUAUCAUGGAAAACCCAAUGUCCCACGGCACUCCUACGACAUUCUGCAUGGACCGGAAACAACACUGGCUCUUGCUGGGGACGAGCCAUGGGAUCCUGGACCUGUGGGACUUGAGAUUCAAACUCAAUCUUCGGAGCUUCGGCAUACAGACAAGCAGCAGAAUCGAUCGUAUCCUGAUACACCCGACUAAAGGGCAUGGGAGGUGGGUGAUGGUUAGUGCCGGUGGCGAGAUCAGUGUUUGGGACAUUGAAAAGCUUGUCUGCAGGGAAGUGCUGAGAAACAGCACAUUUGAGGCGGAAGAGAACCUGCGGCCCUAUGAAGCCUUCCUCACAGAUGGUGAAACUGGAGAGCGGGUCUUAGGAGAAAUGACAAAAGAUGCAACCAAUGAUGCAUUGGGAAGGGACGGAGUUGACGGAACGAAUGUCGACAAUGUGUUGAGCUCAUCACCGUCGAAGAAAUCGCCCAGGGUGGGUUCAAGUUCUAGGUGGCCGAAUACUCUACCAGUGUCUGGGGUGUUUGUGAUCUAUGAUCACCUGCAGAACACAUCUCAGCCUGAGAACCCCAACAGAUAUGCACUGCUGUUUACUGGCGGAGCUGAUCGAGCGGUUCGAUAUUGGGAUGUUGGCCGUCCUGAACACAGCUUCAUUGUCUCUGGCCCGAUGAUUUACAACGACGAGGGAAGCACGGUGAAAGCCAAAUACGAGGUAACACAUCCGUUGUACCUCAAUGCAGGAGGACAGAUCGCACUGGUUCAAGAGAGCAUUCCAGAUGCAUCAUCGACUGGUGAUGCUAAAGCAGGAAACACAAGAGGGACACCUGCGAGGGUCUCACGGCGAGAGCAGUCCGGAGCAUCAACUCCCAGCAGAUCAGGACGGACUACGCCAGCAGUCACUCCUUCGGUGGGUGGAUCAUCUAAACAACGGACAACGCCAGGUCCGGUCAAGCCAUUGCGACACACUAUUAUCAGUGCAGAGCAACAACAUAUCAUUCGGACACAUAUGGACGCGAUAACGGAUGUGAUUGUACUCAAGAAGCCGUAUGGAUGUGUGGUGAGCGUGGACCGAGGAGGGCACGUGUUUGUGUUUCAUUGAGGAUAGAGAUUAGACAAGUGGUGAGAUGGUCAUGAAUGACUAUAUUAGAAGAUGAUGAGAUGGUGAGAAUGGCAUGGGUUGAUCGAUUGGACUUUUGUCUGCCACAACUUUAGAUGAAGCUCGACUCAGCUCAGCUCUCCUUCUCUUGACGAUCCAACCUCUGCAUCUCGGCCUGUGCUUUGACAACCAUAUUC